GUAGGAUCUGCUCUGUCAACUGAUGAUUUCGUAUGGGCUCUGAUCUGUUCUCAUGGGCUUCACCGGUUAGCAAUAGGCUGAGCGAAGGUUCAAUUAAAAAAAAAAUCCCGACACGGACAUGACGACGAACUACGCCUCUCUCCUCUAUCUCUUCGUCUUACGGAGUGCUUCUCGCGGCUCCAGAUCGAAAGGCGACUCCCCUUGCGUAGCUGACCUUCCGUCUCCUUCGUCGCAAGAACUCAGCGUAUGCGUCAACUAUAAAAAGGUAUGCUUGGUUCUUCUCAGAGACUACAUCUCAAAGAUCCGUCACGAGUUUGAUCUGGCGAAACAGAGGUUCCUCAAUACCUCUAAAGCUCUAAUUAUAUGCCUAAGAUGCAAUCCUCAAGAUGGCGUCAAAACAGUUGAGGUAAGGUGUUUUGAAGCGGAGUAUGAUAGACUUCAACAGAGAGGCUCUCUGGUUAUUAUAAAUCAUCUCAUGUUUGAAGUUAUGGAAAUGCACAAGUAUUCAUCUUUUUACGAGCUGUUAAAAGCCAAGAGUCCUGAGAAUGUCUUCCCUGGCACUAAUACACUUGAAGACUGUAUGCAAAUGUUCAAGAAGUGGUGUGAUGUUCAUGAUCAAGAGAAGAAGAACAAUGGUGUUUUCGCAAUCCAUCUUAGUAAAUCAGUUUCUCAGCCUUGUGCAGCUUUGUCUCACAUACUCUCUGGCUUGAGUUACACGGCUGUGCAAAGCCUUCUGGGUCUUUCUCACACCAUUGGGUCCAUUCGGUUCUACUCUCUUCCUUUAUGCUUCCAUAUAAACCAAAGCCUCGCAAAUUAUUCCUAUGAUUUGAUAUAUGAUCUUUCCAAGCAGACACUGUUAAUGAGCAAGAUCGAGAGCUACUGAGAGAGGAGGCGAUCAGGAAGAUGACAUCCACCGCCAUAAUUAUUGCCAGAUCUUUAAUAUGGCGCACCAUACUGUUGUUUUGAUAUCAAACAAGGUAGUGGUUGCUUACGCAGACUAAUACCAAUGUCGGUACGCAACAAGAGGUUGUUCUUACUACUAUCUUGCCGGUAAAUCCUGGAAGCUGAAAUUCUGUGAACUGGUUGUUGUUGUUAUUCGUCCUCUAAUCUAGACGAUGUUGUGUAUUGAUGCACAAGCGUUGGAGUGCCCACUCACGGAGAGCUCAAAACACUAGAGAAGAGAAUGGAAUCUUCCCAGCUCAGAACUAGGAACCUCACAACCAGUGACUUAGUAAGAGAUUACUUGCGUUACUUGAUGGGUGAAAGAUCAAGUAUUGGAGAAGAGAUUCUCUGCCAGUUCAGCUUCCCUGAGAGACAUGGUGCUCUGAUAAACUUCUUGGACUCUUUCAGUCCACGUUGGAACAUUAGCCUUUUCCAUUACCGUGCAGAGGGUGGGGCAGGCGCGAACGUGCUGGUUGGGAUCCAAGUGCCCGAGCAAAACAUGGCGUAUUUCAGAAACCGAGCUCAAGUUCUUGGAUACGAGUACGUCUUGGUAAUUGAAGACACUGUUUUCAAGCUUCUUAUGCACUGAGUUUAAAGCUGUGAUGGAGAGACCAAAACCAAGAAGGAAGUAGAAGAAACAUGAGAGGUCUUCUUUGUGUCCAUUGUUAGUCUUGAGCUCUCUGUUAGAAACAUCUGUGAGUCUUGGGUCUUUUGGACGGGCUUUUAUGUCACGGGCCUAUUACGCUAGCCCAAUAUGUAACAUUUAUUGCAUGUGAGCUCUCAUCGUUAUGAACUUAUGAUGUAGACUUUAUAUACCUUUCAGCAAAUUACGUUGUAGUUAUUGUUUAAUGAUAGCACAAUCUCAUCUCA